UGAAACUUAACUCGCGUGAGGGAGCCAUGGCUGCUGCUGCAGGGGGUCACAUCCAGCGUCUCCGUGAUGAAGCCACUUGCUCCAUCUGCCUGGAUUACUUCAAGGAUCCAGUGACCAUCCCAGAGUGUGGGCACAACUUCUGCCGAUCCUGCCUGAUCCAGUGCUGGGGGGAAUCGGAGGCAGAGGCUUCGUGCCCUCAGUGCAGAGAACGAGUCCAGAGAAGGAGCCUCAUCCCCAACCGGCAACUGGCCAACGUGGUAGAAAUAGCCCAGAAUCUCAGCCUUCAAGAGGUGAAGAAGGAAGGAGGGGAAGGAGGAGUCUGCGAGGAUCACCAGGAGCCCCUGAAACUCUUUUGCAAGAUAGAUGAAGCCCCCAUCUGCGUGGUGUGUGACAGAUCAAAGGAGCACAAACACCACGAGGUGAUUCCUCUGAAGGAGGCUUUCGAGGAAUACAAGGGAGAGAUCUGUAACCACCUGGAGAUUCUGAGGAAAGAGAGAGAGGAAAUUCUGGCCUAUCAAGCAGACCUGGACAAGGAAAGCAAAGACCUCCUGGAUGUGAGAAGCACCUUGCAGAGGUAUGAGAAAAGAGAGCAUCCAGAGAAGCCACUGGCUUUCCCUCCAGAGCUCAGGAACAGGAUCUUGGAAUCCUGUGAUCUAAAUCACCUUGUGGAGGAUGCAAUGAAACAAUGGAAAGAUGCUCUGUUAUUCAGAAAACCAAUUCAGAAAGAUGUUCAGUCAUUCAGAAAUCUUCAGAGAGCAAAUGUGACUCUGGAUCCAGACACAGCCCAUCCCAACCUCAUCCUGUCUGAGGAUCGGAAAAGCGUGAGAUAUGGAGACAAAAAGCAAGACCUGCCUGACAAUCCUGAGAGAUUCAACGACUGGCCUUGUGUGUUGGGACUUGAGGGAUUCACAGCAGGCAGACAUUUCUGGGAAGUCAAUGUGGGAAGUGGGGAAUGGUGGGUUGUGGGGGUUGCCAGGAAGUCUGUGAGGAGAAAGGGCAGCUUCUCCUUAAAACCUGAGGGAGGGAUCUGGGUUGUGGAGAAGUCUGCAGGCAAGUACUGGGCCUGGACAUCCCCUGAUCCCUUUCCCCUGUCCCUGAGUUGGGAGCCCAGGAGGAUCCGGGUGACUCUGGACUAUGAAGGGAGACGUGUGUCUUUUUCUGACGCUGACUCAGGAGCCGAACUCUACACGUUCUCAGGAGCCUCGUUCUCUGGAGAGACCCUCCUCCCUUUCUUUUAUCUGUGGGGGGAUAAAACCCACCUUGCAGAGGCUUCGUGCCCUCAGUGCAGAGAACGAGUCCAGAGAAGGAGCCUCAUCCCCAACCGGCAACUGGCUAACGUGGUAGAAUUAAUCGAGAAGCUCAGCGUUCAAGGAGGGAAAGAAGAAGAAAGAAAUGGAGGAGUCUGCGAGGAUCACCAGGAGCCCCUGAAACUCUUUUGCAAGAUAGAUGAAGCCCCCAUCUGCGUGGUGUGUGACAGAUCAAAGGAGCACAAACACCACGAGGUGAUUCCCCUGAAGGAGGCUUUCGAGGAAUACAAGGGAGAGAUUUGUAACCACCUGGAGAUUCUGAGGAAAGAGAGAGAGGAAAUUCUGGCCUAUCAAGCAGACCUGGACAAGGAAAGCAAAGACCUCUUUAAAUUGACAGAAACGGAGAGGCUGAAGACUGUGGAGAAGUUCAAAGAACUGCGCCAGUUCCUGGAAGAACAAGAGAAACAUCUGCUGACUCAUGUGGAAGAGGUGGAGAAGGAGAUUGCAGGGAGAAGGGAUGAGCAGCUGGCCAGACUCUCCAGGAAACUCUCCUCUCUUGAGAAGAUCAUCCAGGAGAUGGAGGAAAAGGGUCAGCAGCCAGCGAGUGAACUCCUGCAGGAUGUGAGAAGCACCUUGCAGAGGUAUGAGAAAAGAGAGAGUCCAGAGAAGCCACUGGCUUUCCUUCCAGAACUGAGGGACAGGAUCUUGGAUUCCUGUGAUCUAAAUCACCUUGUGGAGGAUACAAUGAAACAAUGGAAAGAUGCUGUGUUAUACAGAAAACCGAUUCAGAAAGAUGUUCAGUCAUUCAGAAAUCUUCAGAGAGCAAAUGUCACUCUGGAUCCAGACACAGCCCAUCCCCAACUCAUCCUGUCCAAGGAUGGAAAAAGUGUGAGAAGGGGAGACAAAGAGCAAGACCUGCCUGACAACCCUGAGAGAUUCAACUGCCAGCCUUGUGUGUUGGGACGUGAGGGAUUCACAGCAGGCAGACAUUUCUGGGAAGUCAAUGUGGGAAGUGGGAAAUGGUGGGCUGUGGGGGUUGCCAGGAAGUCUGUGAGGAGAAAGGGCUUCUUCUACUUAAGCCCUGAGGAAGGAGUCUGGGCUGUGGGGAAGUUUGGAGGCAAGUACUCGGCCUGCACCUCCCCUCAUUCCUCUCCUCUUUCCCUGAGGGAGAAGCCCAGGAGGAUCCGGGUGACUCUGGACUAUGAAGGGGGACGUGUGUCUUUUUCUGACGCUGACUCAGGAGCCGCACUCUACACGUUCUCAGGAGCCUCGUUCUCUGGAGAGACCCUCCUCCCUUUCUUUGGUCUGUGCAGGAAUAAAACCCACCUCAGUAUCUCCUGAGGAGACUAAAUCUGCCUCUCAGGCCCAGCAGGAGUUUCUCUCCAGACCAGAGUGACUGAUAUAAAAAACAUUUACCCACCAAGAGCACGUUGGGCAGUUUUUCAAGGGGACCUUUGAGAAGAUUCAUUCCAGUCAAAAUCAGCAGAAAUAACAAAACAAAAC